AUGGGUUCAGCGGCAGUGGCAUUGGGAGCACGUUUGCUCUGCAAUAGUGGUAAUUUUUACGAAAAGCUUCAGAUUAAUGAAAGAUAAGAUGCUUUAAUUUUUUUCCAGCUGCUCGAAUUUCUGUGAGAGGCGCAGCCACAGCAGCUCCAGAAAAGCCUGCCAAGACAGAAAAAACCAGCUUCGGCAAUCUCAAAGACACCGACCGUAUUUUUACUAACCUGUAUGGCCGGCACGACUACAGGUUGAAGGGAUCCAUGGCUCGAGUAUGUUGAUUCGGUUCUGAUGGAUGAAUGACGGAAUUUUCAGGGAGAUUGGUACAAAACAAAAGAAAUAAUUUUGAAAGGCUCCGAGUGGAUCCUUGGCGAGUUACGAACUUCUGGUCUACGAGGCCGCGGUGGCGCUGGGUUUCCUUCUGGAAUGAAAUGGGGAUUCAUGAAUAAGCCCUUCGAUGGAAGGUCAGUCGUUCAGUUUUCCAACGGUUCAUCUCGAUUUUCUUUCAGGCCAAAAUACCUCGUUGUGAAUGCUGACGAAGGAGAGCCAGGCACUUGCAAAGACCGAGAAAUCAUGCGCCACGACCCUCACAAGGUUGCCACACUUCUCACUGUCCAACCGCGUUUCUCAGCUCAUCGAGGGCUGUCUCAUCGGCGGAGUCGCGAUGGGAGCUCGCGCCGCCUACAUCUACAUUCGUGGAGAGUUCUACAAUGAGGCGUGUAUUCUUCAAGAAGCUAUCAAUGAAGCUUAUAAGGUAUUUUAUCCAUUCCCUAUCUUGCUUUUGAUUGAUAAAAACAGGAAAAUUACAUUAAAAUUUAAUUUGAUAGUGCAAAAAAAAAUAACCUUGUUAAUAGUUUUUGCAUUAAGUUGAGGAAAAAGUACUUUAAUGCCGUCAAGAUGAAAUGUGAAAAAACAGGUUUAAAUACCUUCAGCGAGCGACGAAAACGUUGUUUUGGUUCAUUCUGUUUGAAAAAAAUAUAGAAAUAUUUGAGAGAAUAUUUUACUCGUCUUCAUUUUUUUAGUUUUUUUCAUAUAAAAUUAUCGUCUUAUUCGUGAAAAGAUUCAUGGAAGAGACAAACUUAUUAAAACUUUUGAUGUUCAGGCGGGAUUCCUCGGAAAAAGACUGCUUGGGGACCGGCUACAAUUUCGACGUGUUCGUACAUCGAGGCGCCGGUGCCUACAUUUGCGGAGAAGAAACUGUGAGCCUCAGAAAUGAUCCCCGUUUCAAGGUUCUUCAGGCUCUCAUCGAAUCAAUGGAAGGAAAACAAGGCAAACCGAGGCUGAAGCCUCCCUUCCCGGCUGACAUUGGCCUCUUCGGUUGUCCAACUACCGUUAGUUUUCUGAUUGUUUUUGUGCGAGAGUUAGAAGUUUCAUUGAAUGUUUUCUCCGAUGAAUUCCCUAAGUUCAGAUUAGUUUUUGUGAAGAAAGUUUUCAAAUUUUGUCUUCAUCAAUUCAUCAGAUGAAGAAGUUUUUUUGAGUAGAAAAAAAGGACGCUUGUUGAGAAGAAAAUAAAAGAAUGAAUUGAUUGAGGGAAAAAAAGGCGGCUAUAAGGUUCUUUGUUCAGUAUAUUGCGUUCAUUUUUUGGAACUUUAAUUUUUCAAUUCUAGCCCAUAAAAUGGAGGUCAAUUAGUUAUUUUUUUUUUCGAGACAUUUUUAAAAAAGUAUUUCAAACUUGAAAUAAUAAAAAUAACCUUUAAUGUAUGUCAAUAAAAAGAGUUUACGGAACAAUAUCAUAGAGAUGAGGAAAACGUAAAACGUGUUUAACAAAUUGGUUGGACCUGAGUUGGCUUGACUUUGCGCAGGUGACCAACGUGGAGACAGUGGCCGUGGCGCCGACGAUCUGCCGUCGCGGCGGAGAAUGGUUCGCCUCUUUCGGACGCGAACGCAACCGCGGAACCAAGGUUCUCACUUCCGUCUUCUUUUUGAACUUUUCUUUCAGCUUUUCUGCAUCUCCGGUCAAGUAAACAACCCGUGUACCGUCGAGGAAGAGAUGUCGGUUCCAUUGAAGGUUUGGAGCCUUUUCGGCCGUCGACUUAUUCUCCCAGGAUCUGAUCGAGAGACAUUGCGGCGGUGUGAUUGGCGGAUGGGACAAUCUUCUCGCGAUCAUUCCCGGAGGAUCUUCGGUCCCUCUUCUGCCAAAGUAACGCAUCUUGGAUAGAGCUUUUAUUUCGAAAAACUGAGCAAAUAUUCAUUUUGUUGCUUGGUUUUCAAAAAGGUCAACAAAGUCACUUUACGACCAGAAUUCGACAAUCAGACUACUGAACUAUUGAGAAAUGGGUGUCGAUUUAAAUACUUCGAUGGAAUUUUCUCAGAGAGAAUUAAGAUAGAAAUCUGUGUAUUACUGAAAUCGACGUCUUCAUAGUCUCCGGAGCUUCAGGACUCUGCUCCCAAUGCUGAUAAAGAUUCUAUAUUUUUGGCAAGAGGCCUGUUCAUUUUUGUUUUUAUGGCCAAAAAUAUUUUUCAUUUUGUUUAUGAAUGUUUGAAGUUAAUAAUUGAAACUCGUUUCUUGACAAACCCACAUUAAUACUUCCUGUUUUUCAUUUUUAUUGAAAUAGCACACUCUUUAGAAUUCGAAAAAGGGCUUAAGAAUUUAUUUCAUAAAAAUUCUGUUAUUUGAUUUCACUCCCAUCUUCGAUUUCAGAAGCGUUUGCGACACGGUUCUGAUGGAUUUCGACGCUCUCGUCGCCGCUCAGUCGGGUCUCGGCACGGCCGCCGUCAUCGUCAUGAACAAACAGGUUCUUUCGAACUGCUCUUCGUGUUUCACUCUACAUUCACUUUUUCCAGAGCGACGUCGUCAAAUGUAUUGCUCGUUUAUCGCUUUUCUACAAACAUGAAAGCUGUGGACAGGUUAUUUUAUUUUAAGAUGAAGUUCUUUGUAGUUUUUCUACGAAAAUUUUCAUAAUUUGUUAUAAAGAUUCCUUAGGGAGAGAACAAAAAAACAGUUUAUAUUAAGAAGUCAUGAAGAAUUGGCGAAAAUACUAAUAUUCAAAGUUUUUUUAGGAGUCAAAUUGGAGUUCAUUUAAACAGGAAUUUAAAAAAAAUUUCAUAACUGUUGCUUUUAAAUAUUGAUUUGAUAACUGAAAACAGUUCUUUUAAAUACCUCUUUUUUUAAAGCUUCGUACUCCGAGUUCGGGACAUUUGUUUUGUUAAUUUCAAGCAUAUAAAAAAACUAUUGUGAAUAACGGUUUUUUUGUCAGAGUUUUUUUCGAUGUAGUACUGCAUUCGAUCGAUUUUUCAAGUGGCUUUCUAACAGCUAAAUCGACUUCUCCACAUAUAAUCUAACAUUUUAAAAAAUAAAAAUAAAUAAAGUUCGCAAUUUGUAAGUUUAAUGGCCACAGGCCAUCAACUUAUUAAAAAAAAGUGGUCUUUCUCGUUAACUCUAUGAAAUUCAGUGAACAAGUGUGUAUUGAUUUUUUGUAAAAUCUUUCUGUUCUCAUUGAUUUUAUGUGUGAUAACUUUCAUGAAUUAAGUGCACGCCGUGUCGCGAAGGCUGCAACUGGCUCAACAAAAUGAUGUGGCGGUUCGUCGAUGGAAAGGCCAAACCCAGCGAGAUCGACAUGAUGUGGGAGCUGAGCAAGCAGAUCGAAGGCCAUACAAUUUGCGCCCUCGGAGACGCCGCCGCCUGGCCUGUUCAGGUCUCUCCUCAUUCUAACCUUUCCUUUCCUGAUUAAUUUUUCCUUUUCUUCUAAAAUCUUCUCAUUCUCAAAAAAUGAUAAAUUCACUCUUGAUAAACUUGAAACAUUUUGUAAGCUGGAUGUUUCGAAUUUCCCGUGAAAAUUGGUGUUGCAGGGACUUAUCAGACACUUCCGGCCCGAACUCGAACGCCGAAUGGCCGAGUUCCACAAAUCGGUUCUGGCGGAGAAGUCUUCGGAGCCGAAACAAGUGGCCGGAAGCCUCGGUCCAGCCGUCAACUAGAUCCUUUUCCUCUUCUUAAGGACCUACGGAUUUGUUUUUUCAACUUUUGUUCUGUUCAACUUAGAUUUUGUACGGUAGAAUGAUAGGGCGCGACUUUAAUUGUAUAGUUCGACGUGUUUUGAAUUUCAUUUCUGUCUGUCGAGUUUCGGAUAAAUUUUAUUCUAUUUCCCAGCGUCUUUUGUUUCUGCAGCCCUUUUUUCGCUUCCUAGCAAUGCGCUUUUUUCUGGCCAUUCAGCGAAGAAGCCUAGCGACGCACUCUCCCGACGUAGAAAUCUGUUUUUGUUCUCUUGAGAAAUGGCAAGUUAACAUUCUUGAUGAAUGAGGUCUUGCAGAUUCCAUGUAUGGCAGCGUUGUUCAUCAACCGCGUCGAUAUGAACUGCAUCCUUCCCCUUGGCUUCUUCCUACUGAGUACUCUUUAUGACAAUUCAAAAUCACCAGUUAGAUUAAUUUUCCUGAAGACUCAGAAGCUGAGUCUAGAGAAAACUUACAAAAAGCUUUCCUAGUCCUUUUUUUAUGUUUUUCCGUUCGAAAGGUUCAUUUUCCACGUAAAUACAUCUUUUUCAUUGCCAUGAAAAAAUGUUAAGUUUGAGGAGUUAGAGUCCACUGAAAACAUUCUUGCAGUCGGCGCCUAUGUGGUGAUGAUCCACGCGUUGGUGACGAUCAACCGCGAAGACGUCUGGAACCAGACCUCCGCUUUCGAUUUGAACUUCACGUUGCUCGACGAACUCGCUUUCGACAAUAUACGCCAACUCGUCUUCGUUCAUUCCAACGCGACCGUUUCUCCGUGA